AUGGAAACAUCAAAUCAAAAUCAUUUUUUCUCGAAAACCCAGGGCAUAAUUCUUGGCCUAACAACAGGCCGCACUCAAUCAUCAAACUAUGAGGUCAACCCAAAGGCAGAGGCUGAGGAUGAAAUGAGAGUGUCGCAGGUCAAGUCACAUUACGGGGGGACGAAGAGGGGAUUCACCCAAUUCAGAGAAAAAGUGAAUUUGUGCUUCUUCAUGAUCCAUGCCCAGAAUGAAGCAUCUACUCAGAAAGCUUCACAUCGAUGUCCCCCUGGCGUUGGUGGCGACAAGGGUGUGGAUUUCAGUCUCUUGGAGGAGGAGUUUCAGAUGCAGUUGGCUUUGGCAAUUAGUGCUUCUGAUACUGACGUCCGCAAGGACCCCGAUUCUGCUCAGAUCGAUGCUGCCAAGCAGAUGAGCCUCGGAUGUCAAACUUCUGUUACUGACACGGAAGCCCUCGUCCAGUUUCAAUCUCUUCGUUAUUGGAACUACAAUCUCAUUGACUACGAAGAGAAACUGAGGGAUGGGUUUUAUGAUGUUUAUGGAAUCACCUCAAAUUUAGUUGAACGAGGAAGGAUGCCAUUGUUGGUUGAUCUGCAAACUACAUCCAUCUCAGAAAAUCUUAAUUAUGAAGUGAUUUUGGUGAACCGCACGGUUGAUAUUGAGCUGAAGCAGCUUGAGAAAAGAGCCUAUAAAUUAUCCAAGAGCUCCCUCAUUUCUGACCAAGGACUAAUCUUAAGUGGCCUACUUCAGAAACUUGCUGACAUUGUUGUUAAUAGAAUGGGUGGGCCGGUUGGUGAUGCUGAUGAAAUUUUGAAAAGGUGGACCAUGAGGAGCCGCGAGUUAAGAAAUUCCUUAAGAACCAUUAUUCUUCCCAUUGGCUGUCUUGAUGUUGGACUUUCACGUCACCGAGCCCUACUUUUCAAGGUACUUGCAGAUAGAAUUAAUGUUCCGUGUAUGCUGGUCAAAGGGAGUUAUUACACCGGAACUGAUGACGGAGCUGUGAAUUUGGUUAAAGCUAAUGAUGGAAGCGAAUUCAUUAUUGAUCUGAUGGGUGCUCCUGGGGCUCUUAUUCCUGCUGAAGUACCCAGCAGUCAGCUCCAAAACUACAGUUUUCCUGUAAGGGGCUGUGCAGAUAUUGUGGGUACCAAAAACACACAUUUGAUGUUAGAUGAUGGAAGUAGAAUGCUGGCAGUUUCAUCUGAUCUUGGAAGAUGUUCAACAGUGGGCAACACUUGGCCAGAAGAAUUAAUAAAUGUUGGCUGUAAAAAAGUACCAGUUGAAAGGAUUUCUGUUGGAAUAAAUCAAACAGACAGGUUUGAACAUGAAUUUGGGAAUCAUCUUCAGUCUCUACAUAUAUCAGGUGAAAGCUCUUCACACACAAAAGCAUCAUCCGCAGAAGAAAAACAAGUGAAAGAUGUAUCAAAAGGCCCAUAUUUUGCUAAAACAUUAUAUACUGUUCAAUCAGAAAGUUGUGAACUCCCUCCAUCUGAGCCCUCUUCACAUGCAAAUACACAAAACACAGCUCAAGAUAAGGUAUUUGAAGAUUUUCUUCAGGUUAGUGAAAAAAUUGUCGAAAAUUCUGUUCAAGCUGACAGAGUUAAGUUGUUAUCAAGCUAUGAAAAGUCUGCCGAAUCCCCUCAAGGGGCAUGCUCUUCUGGUGAUAAUACAAGGAAGGUGGCUGUUACUUUUUGUAACGGAAUUGAAGAAUUGGAGCACAAAGAGGCAUUAAAUAUGGAUAGUGCUCCAUCCAAGCCUCAUCAGAAGCAUGAAGAGCAAUUUCUUGAGUCGUCCUUGCCCAAAGCAGCUGUGUCUUGCAAGAGACAAAGUGGGGUUAGCUUUGUUUAUGAUGACAAUGAUGAAAAUCUUCUUAAUAACAAGGUUGGAGGGGCUUGCAAUGACACUGAAUCGGAUAAGGAUUCUACUGUUCAAUUAAAUGAAACAGCUAAUGGAGAUCAAACUAAAUAUGAUGAUGAAAGUGAGAAAGUUAAUGCAGUUCUAGGGGAAGGCACGGAAUGGGAGAUUCAAUGGGAGGAUCUUCAAAUUGGUGAGCGAAUUGGUAUUGGUUCUUAUGGUGAGGUCUAUCAUGCGGACUUGAAAGGCACUGAAGUUGCUGUGAAGAAGUUUCUAGACCAAGAUUUCUCUGGUGAUGCAUUGGUUCAGUUUAAAUCUGAAGUUGAGAUAAUGUUGAGGCUGCGGCAUCCUAAUGUUGUGCUCUUCAUGGGAGCAAUUACUCGUACCCCACAUUUCUCUAUCUUGACAGAGUUUCUUCCUAGAGGAAGUUUAUAUAGGCUAUUACAUCGACCCAAUUUUCGACUUGAAGAGAAGAGGCGGUUACGUAUGGCUUUUGAUGUGGCCAAGGGAAUGAAUUACUUGCAUACGAGCCAUCCUCCCAUUGUCCAUCGAGAUUUAAAGUCUCCGAAUCUUCUUGUUGACAAACAUUGGGCUGUUAAGGUCUGUGAUUUUGGCUUGUCAAGCAUUAAGCACCAUACCUUUUUGUCUUCAAAGUCUACUGCUGGAACGCCUGAGUGGAUGGCUCCAGAAGUCUUAAGAAAUGAGCCAGCCAAUGAGAAGUGUGAUAUAUAUAGUUUUGGUGUGAUUUUGUGGGAGUUGGCUACCACAAGGAUCCCAUGGAAGGGGUUGAACCCAAUGCAGGUUGUGGGAGCUGUUGGGUUUCAAAAUAGACGGCUUGAAAUUCCAGAAGAUGUUGAUCCAGUAGUAGCACAAAUUGUAUGUGAUUGUUGGCAAACGGAGCCACACUUGCGACCAUCAUUUUCACAGAUCAUGUCUCGUCUCCGCCACCUUCGGCGUCUAGUUUGUUAGAACAACCAAUCCAACUGACAAAUUAAAUGAAGUUGUCCAUAGUAGAGAGCAAUUGAGAUGUAGUUGUUGCUUGGUUCGAAGAGCCAGGGCAGCUGAGGUCUUUUACUUUUGUGCUUUCAAAUGAAGACUAGAAAAGCGGAGCAAGAGCCAACAUCGAGAGCGGCUAAAGAAUUUACCUAUUGACAGAUACGGGGAGAUUACUGAAUUGGGAAGUGCAAGGCUCAUUCAAAGCGAUGGGCGCAAGCAACCAUGAGAAUAGAGUAAAAACCCUUUCGAGUACCUGCAUGAGUCCGGUGGAGGUUUGGUUUUAUACAGCUCAACAUCCACGAACUGUAAUUUUUUUUUUUU